AUGAUCCUGUCGACGACAAUCACUGUGACCGCUCUCAUUGGAAUCGCCAGCUAUUACCUAUACAACUGGCUGUAUUGGAAACUUCGAGGCAUUCCUGGACCAUGGGGAUAUCCGGUGAUCGGAUCAUUCUUGGAUACCAUGAAAGUGCAGGAUUCGAUUCUUCUGAAACUCCAAACAUGGACAAAAAAAUACGGAAAAAUUUAUGGAAUCACCGAGGGGCAAACCAAAUUGUUGGUGAUUUCGGAGCCUGAACUUGUCAAUGAAGUGUUCGUAAAGCAAUUCGACAACUUCUACAGUAGACGGAUGAACAAGUUGCAAGUGGACCCGGAAAACGAUACUCGUGUGCACGUGUUCUCGGCUCGCGGACCUCGCUGGCGACGACUUCGCGCUGUUGCAAGCCUCUCGUUUAGCUCCAACAACAUAAAAAACGUAAUGCCACAAAUGGACGACAGUGCGAAAAAAUUAGUCGAGAUAUUGGUGGCGAGACUGAACGGAAAUGAGGCGACAGAUAUUCAAUUGGCAUAUAAAGAAUUCACAUUUGAUAACCCAUUGAGCAAAAGUGCUCACGAAUUUUUCCACAACGAUGAUUGGCUUCUGUUCACAAUUAUUGGAUCGUUUCCAAGAUUUUCUCGAUUUCUCCGCUACAUGUUCACGGCGUUCCCAAAAUUGUUCGGCGGAACUGCUCUGGUUAACUUGUUGCGAGUGUGCGAUAAAGCGGUUCGUCAGCGAAUUGUGCAACGAGAAAUGGACGAGAAGAAUGGUGUUGAAAAUCACGUCCACAACGAUUUCAUUGAUACGUAUUUGGAUUAUCGCGCAGAUUUCAAGACGGAGGAGACCGGAUUAACGAAUAAACUUGAUCGCAAAUUGAAUACCGACGAGAUCAUUGCAAUGAGCGCAUUGUUCCUUGUCGCUGGAUUCGACACUAUUUCCUUCACCGCCACUCUCGUCUCAUACUGCCUCGCAACUCAUCCAGAAGCACAAAAGAAGGCCCUAGAGGAAAUUGAUCGCGAGUGUGUUUCAGCGGAUUUGACUUAUGAGCAACUCUCGAACCUUCACUAUUUAGACUUUGUGAUUCGCGAAACUCUUCGCUUGUAUCCAACUGCAGCAUCAGGACCAUCGAGAAAAUGCAUGAAAGCGACAGUCAUUGGAGGAAUUCCGAUCGAGGAGGGCGUCGAAGUCAUUGCCGAUUCGAUGUCUCUCCAUUAUGAUAAGACAAUAUGGGGAGACGACGCCGACGAAUUCAAACCAGAACGAUGGGAAAAAGAGGAAUCGUUUAUGACGAAUCCUUCGUAUGUGCCGUUCGGAAUCGGAAAAAGAAUUUGCAUCGGAAUGCGGCUGGCAUAUUUUGAGAUUAAAGUCCUGACAGCUCAUAUGCUCAGAACAUUCACAUUAACAACUGGGCCUGAAACGACAAUUCCGCCGAAACUAAUUGGACGAGAGGUUUUGGGACCUGAAACCACUAAGUUAUAUUUGAAGCUCAGAGAAUAA